UUUAAAAUAGUUUUAAAAAAUAGUUUUUAAAAUAGUAACCUACCUUUAUAGUACAGCAAUAAUAUUCAUCUCGCUAAAUGAGUUAUCGAGUUUAGAACAAGUAAUGAUCCAGUUCAUAUCUUCAACUACAUAUCUUCCAAAUUUUUCCCACAACUUGUUGACGAGUGUAAUAUGUUUCCUAUGUCCUGGCAAAUGUCAUGUCAACGCAAAAGUCAAAAGUGCGCGGCAGGUCGGCGUUGUAGUAGAUCCACCCGCAAAAAUUCAUGGAGUUUGGAGCCGAGUCCUCAACGGAAUCCAUAUAAAUUGGUAUAAAUAUGUAUGGCAUAUAGCGGGAGCAACGCAACCAGUUGAUUUAUACAGGAAGCAUGUUCGUGUUGAUUUUCAUUUAACGGUCUUUUAGUCAACUUCCUGACACAGUGACUGCCAUAUAUUUACGUCCAGCUAUGUCUACAUAAUACGUCUGUAAACUAUGCAUAAACACGCAAGGACUGAAACCAAAUGGAUGAAUGGAGCAAGUGAAGCCUUUCCCAGUCACCUGACGGCUGUCUCCUGUCUUUUGUUCGAGUUGCGAUGACGAAACGUAAUGUAGCAUAAAACUGUUUGUGAAUUAACGAAAUUCCAAACAAUUAUGCCCAAACGAAUGCGGAUUUGCUGGCAAAGUUGUUGUGUUGCCUGGACCUGCCCCAAUAAGCUGGAUUUUUUGUCAUGUGGCAGGGCAAUUUAACUUUGUGCAAUUUGGCAUAGUUUGUGGGGCAAUAUGCUGAUUACUUUGAUUGCUGAGCGAGUACCAGAUGAUUACCCACUCCCCGGGCCAAUAAACACUCUAUUAAAUAAGCAUGAACACUGCAAAAUUAACUUAUUUAGUUUCAAGAAUACAUUUGUUUAUACAAGGUGUACAAAUGUUUCUUUGAUACGAGUAUCUAUGCAAUAAGUUGAAUUUCAAUCUGCGCGGCUCGCAGUUCCGUUCCCAUGCAAAGAUUAAAGAUUGAAGAUUUCAUGUUCAUGGUUAAGGCCAAAACGCAUCAAUUGUCAUCAGUGGUUUUUUCAGAUGCAAAUAAUUCGGUCGAAAACGCGACAAAACAAUAGCCAAUGCCUUGAGUUGAACAAUACCGAAAGCCAAAUAGAUCUCUCCUUAUACGAAACCAUAAACAUGUACAUAUAUGGUAUAAGCCUUUAAGCUAAUGCGAUCGUCGCGUGGAGAUUGUGAAUUAAUUUGCCGGGGAAGUUGAAUGCCCUUUGGGCUGCUGUGAAGUUGUGGCGGUGUCUGAACAUGGUUAAUAAAUAAACUAAAAUCUAAAAUGAUUUAGAACCCGACUAGAGAGGGCUGGCAUUAAGCCAAGUGGUGCCAUUAAGCCGCAGAAGUCGCACAAAUUUCAAUUUCAAAUAUAAAUUAUUUCAUCCAAACAAGUUGUGUGUUUUUGAUCGGUUUAGCACCGGAAAUAUGCGAGUGGCGGUACGAUUGUUCAUCUGUCGUGUCUCCCUAUCGAAAGACUGCAGGCGGAAGUGCCUGAAGCUAUAGCCAAGUGUUAUAAUUACACACAAAAGCGGUCCGAAACGAAUGGAGCCGAAAGCAAAUAUAAAUAUCAGUCGAUGAGUCUUGGACGUUGAGUGACCUGGCUUCUGGCGGCGAUCACAAUGAUGAUGAUCUCUUCACGACUUAAUGAACUCACUAAAUGCGUAUUUAGAUGCCAAUUGGUAACUGUAAUGAACUGAACCCAUCACACAUCACCCAUCAUCCAUCGUCUAUUGCUUCCGGCUAUUUUGGGCCCAGUAACCUUGUCCGUUUUUGGCCAAAAAACAUUCGAAAGUUCAGUGCUCCAAAAGUAUGGACCAUCUACAACACGAGCACAUCUUGAACUUUCAAUUCAGACCGCAACAGAACACUCAUCAUCAUGACAUUAGGAAGCGAGUUUGUAUAUAAAAACCAGAAAAUUAACUAUCAGCGGCUUCAGAAUCGAUUUACGAAUCGCCAUAUGCGGAUGCAAAAGCCACAAAAUAAGCCAGAACAAAUUGUUAAAGCGGCCAACAGUGAUCAAAAGUGAUUUCGAGACAAACAAGUUUUCGAUCUAAAUAAAGAAAUAAAAUAAAAACUAAUUCCCAAUCAAUUAAAUAAAAGAAAAAGUACAGAUUAAAGGGAAUCGAAACGGUGAAUAAAUUAUGCAAAAAUAUCAAAAAGUUCUUAGCCGAAAGUCGAGAUAUUUAUAAUGGCCAAGACGCGUGCCCAAAAUCUUGUCUCGUGACGCGUUUGCCGCUUUAUUUCGGAACUCUAUAUAAACUGGUCGCAAAGCCCGACCUUGACACUCACUUUUCUAAACAAUCGACUCUCGGAACCGAGAUCAUUUUUUGGUCUCUGCCUUUUUUUUUUUGGCCAAGAUCUCGUCUUCUUUCUCGGCCGCUUUACAAACCGCCCGUCAGUCUUUCGCCGGACCGGAGAUGGAACGCACGGAUCGCGUCCGCUGAACAGUGUUUAAUAUUAUAAUAUUUUCCCUAAGCUAAUCACUUUAACUAAGAGCACUCGAAAAAUUGAAAACUCAAAACUCUUACCCAAUCGACGCCAGCGUGCAGCGUGCAAACAAUAAAACAAACAAAUAGCCAAACAAAAGUGCAAAAUAAAAAAAAACAAAUACGUGUGCCAGUCCAUGCAACUGCAUAUUUUAAUACAUAAUUAGCCACAGAUCGUGGAAGCAUCUCGGUGCAAGUGUACAGCAUACUAUUGUAUAUAUAUAUAUAUAGUAUCCAUAUACAUUGCAAAAAUGUGGCAGGGAAUCGUGUGCAGCUUGACUUUAUGCCUCGUCGGAUUGGCGGCUUUCGGCCUCGCCAACAAUCUCGCCGGCUACGAAGGUUACACAAAAUACACGGUGCAACAUGGAGACGAGGAUGCCUUCAAGUACAUGGUUGACCUGCAGACGAAUGACGCCGAGCUGGACUUCUGGCUGCUGACCAGAAACUCCUCCGUUCUGACAGUGAGUCCCAAGCGGAAGACCCAGUUCGAGGCGCGUCUGUCCAGUUUGGGAGUCAGCUACGAGAUGCAGCCGCUCAUGGAACUGAUGGCGGCCCUCCAGGCGAAUAGUUCCUUUGCGGAGGACAACUACGAUGGGGAGUACGAGGAGUGCCAGCAGGAGGAGUGCGAGGAGGCGGAGCGACCACGUCGCAGGAGUCGUCGUCAGGCGCGCGGCUUCUUCUCGCACUAUCCACGGUAUCACGAGGUCCUCAGCUUUAUGAGUGGCUUGGCCUCCAGAUAUCCGCAAUACUGUCGCUACGAAUCCUUGGGUCGUUCCAACGAGGGUCGGCACAUAGCUGCACUCUCGAUUUCACUGAACAGUAGGGUACGUCCUCGUCGAGUGGCUUAUAUUCAGGCAGCCACCCACGGACGAGAGUGGAUCACCACCCAGACCGUUCUCUAUUUGGCCUACGAGCUGCUGAGCAAUCUGCGCGCCUUCACAAGGGUCCUGCAGGAUGUGGAGAUUUUCCUGGUGCCUCUGGUCAAUCCCGAUGGCUAUGAGUACACUCACACGACGGAUCGUUUCUGGCGCAAGAACCGCCAUCGUUAUGCGGGUCAUUCCUGCUCCGGCGUGGACAUCAAUCGCAACUUUGGCAACCACUGGAACUACCAGGGAGCCAGUCAGAACCUCUGCUCGGAGGUGUACUCGGGCACGGCUCCCAACUCGGAGCCGGAGACGUCGGCGGUGGUUAGGUAUCUGGAAUUCAAUCGAAACCGUGUGAAACUCAGCCUGGAUGUUCACUCAUUUGGCAAAUUCAUUUUUUAUCCCUACGGCUAUGCGAAAAACACCGUGCCACCCACCGUGGGCACACUGCGCUCCGUGGCUCUGAGGGCCGCCAACCAGAUCGGCAGGUACCGUGGAACGCGCUACACCACCGGCACCUCCGCCUCCAUUUUGUACGAGGCAUCCGGCAGUUUGGACGACUUUGCCUACGGCAAUCUGGGAAUCCCGCUGUCCUACACGCUCGAGCUGCCCGGUGACGAGUUCCACGUGCCCGCCCACGACAUCAUCCACGUCUGCAAGGAGACAUUCGCCGGCUUCAUCGAGUUCAUCCGGCAUGUUAGCCUCUACUAGGAGGUGCCACUGUAUUUGCUAAGCCUUUGGGCAAUUGAAUUUAUUGUUUGUUAAAACUAACAUGAUAAGUGACCUCGUUGUUAAGCAUUAAAGAGAUGAAUAGUGAA